AUGGCCGCACUACAAUCAACUCCAUCUCAGCAAAAUUAUCCAUUGAGUAUGAGCCACUCUGGUGGUGUUUCUGGUUCUAUUCCAUAUGCUCCUAGAUCUCAUUUGGUCUCUUUAAAGAUCCUGCGGCUUUCUCGACCUCGAAUUAAUCAACCACGCUUGCCUAUUGAUCUAGGAAAUGGAGGGCUUGAGACUAUUGACCAAGAUCUUGGUGAACUUUCUUUCAGUGUAAAUGAAGCAUCUCCAAGUUUUCCUGAUGUGUCUCCUUUGUUAACGCUUCCUGCAAACUUUGGCAAUCUUUACGUGGGCGAGACAUUUCGAGCAAUUCUAUCGCUUCACUCUGAAGUACCAGCAAACGUAGCCGAAAGCCCAAAUCUUUCGGUAACAGUAUCUGUUUCGGUAACCACCCCUACUCGUGAACAGUCUGUUUCACUGAUUCAUCCUACUCAUCCGGAUUCUACAUUUGUGUUAGUUCCUGGAGGGAACAAACAGUAUAUUGUUGAAUUUGAAACAGCUGAUGUUGGCGUUCACACUAUUUCUGCCUCAGUCACCUACACUCCAAUCCAACUACCCGAAGACGAAAAGGUCGACAAUUCGGUUGGUGAAGGAACAACUUCUUCAGCUCCUAAACAUGGUUCAGGGCUGGUGGCCGUUGCAUUGGCGGCACCAAUCACAUAUACAAAAAAUUACAGAUUCACUACAGCUGCAGGGUUUAACGUGGGCACUAAAAUAACAUCUGUUGCUCACGACACUUACCUACUAGAAACACGAGUGGAAAAUGCGACUGACACUACUGUUACCAUCGAAACUGCGGAGUUUGUAGCACCCGCAGGAUGGAUUUCACGACCUCUCGAAGUGCCAAACGAAGAGGUACACGAUGCAUUUGAAGACGACGAGGAAGACCAAGUCUAUUCAACGUUACAAGAUUCCAAUGUGAGUUUGUACUUAACAAACAUGGAUUCUCCGGCACUUAUGCCGAAGGAAAUCUGGCAAUUUGCAUACCUUGUUCAGCAUGACCCAGAUUUUUUUGCAAAAAAUGAAGCUGCAAAAAGCUCAAAUACGAAUGCGCAUGCAGAACUUUUGAGUCGACUUCCAUCCUCAUUUCCACCACCUCCUGCAUCACCGGCUCCCCGACAAAGUGCCAGCACUCCUCCUGCAAGGCAAUCUGUUGGAACUGGAAAAUUUAGCUUUUCAUGGCGACGCGAAUUCCUUGGUGAAAAAGGUUGGAUGAUGACCGGGCACCUUAAACGCACAACCAAUCUCGAAUACUGGGGGUAG